AUGGAUGUGGAAGUGGCUAAGAAAUUGGCCAUCUCAUGGGAUCCAGACAUAAAAAUUCAAAUGCAGAGUGCAAACAGGACAGUUGAACAGACCUUGGGUCUUGCUAAGAAUGUACCUUUUAUCUUUGGAACUAUAACAGUAUAUCUACAAGUCCACAUCAUCACUGACCCAGCAUAUAAAGUGCUAUUGGGCAGACCAUUUGAUGUAUUGACAGAGAGUACUGUCCAAAAUUAUAAAGACGGGGGACAAACUCUUAUCAUAGCGGAUCCUAAUUCAACACAAUGA